AUGAGCUACACGUCGGACGUGGACGUGGAGCUCGGGAGCCCCGCGGAGAUCGCCGUGCUCUCGGCCCUGAACGCGCGCCUCGACGCCAUCGACGUCGCCGGCUGCGACGCCAUCUUCGACCUGCUCGAUAAACACAACCGCAACGUCCUGAGCCUCGAGGAGCUGCGCGAGGGCGUGCGGAGCGACGCCGUCGAGGACUACAUCCGCGAGACGGGCAACGUCGUCAUGAAGGGGCUGCUCAAGGACUGGGAGCGGUCCGAGGCGCGCGUCGGCAGGGCGCUCGCGGCGCUCGACCCGGAGCUCACGGGCAAGGUCACGCGAGAGCACUGGCGAAAAUUCGUCGUCUCCGUCGCGCGCGAGCGCGUGCGCCACCUGCGCGCGCUGGGCCUGCUCGGCGGGCGCUGCUACUGGGGCCGGGGCCUCGAGGACGCCGCGAGGCCGACGACGGCGUGCUGGUGGUUCUGCUGCGGGUGCCUGCCGCGGGGCUACUGCGCGGAUUUCUGGUUCUACUGCCGCAACGCGCACCCGGCGCUCUUCUUCCUGCGGGACGACGCCCACCCCUUCUCGCGGCUCGAGGCCCUCGCGGCGGAGCUCGUGGUCCAGUGCUUCUGCGCGUGCGCGUCCAUCUUCGCGUCGCGCCACGAGCGGCCCUGGACGUCGCUCGGCGCCUACGCGCACAACGGCCUGGUGACCUGCGUCUGCAUCUCCUUCCCCGUGCUCGUGCUCCAGGAGCUGCUCUUCGUGCUCCUGGCGUGCCCCUGCGUGCGCUACGAGCGGCGCGGCCGGAAGCGGGAACUGUGCUUCGCGUGCUGGCAGCGGAGUUUGGAGUGCGUGGGCCAUUUGGUCGUGCUGCCGCUGGUGGUGGCCGCCGUGGGCCUCGUGGCCUACGCGGCCUACCUCCUCCACGCGCACCCGGAGGCCCAGGUCCACUUCCUGCUCUGGUGGGCCGCGGGGCUCGCGGGCUCCUACGCGCUCUGGUUCCCCGUGAAGCUCUCGGUGCAGUUCAACCUGUGCUUCGGCUCGAAGCGCACGGCGGCGUUGGCGAAAUUCUUCGCCCUCGGCCGCUGGGCCCACGAGCGGCGCACGGCCGCGCUCAACGCGCUCCGCUUCGGCGACGACGACGACGACGCGCUCGAGGACCUCGCGGAACCCUGGCGGAUUUUUGAGUCGUAA